AUGCUGUCUGUCAACGCGCUGCACUCAUCGCUUUUUAAUUUCUGCUUUUGUCUUUUCUUUCAGUGCAUGUGCAUCUUUUCUCUCGUCGUUUUUCUGCUGCAGCAACAUUAACGCUUCCGCACGUGUUUUUACUUGUACAGUUUGAAAUGUCGCAGUAUUUUUCUAACCUUGCGCUUUUUCCUCCUCUAGACAAACUGUGCUCUGUUCAAAUCUCAUGGUCUCCGCUUGUCUGUGCAGGGAUGAAGGAUGCCGCGGCCGAGCUUCUGGGCCACAGGGAGGCUCUGAAGUGCAGACUCGGAGGCGGGGGACCUGAUCCGGGACAUUCCGGCGAGCUCGGCCCGGGUCCGGAAGGAGUGGAGGGGGCCACCAUGCUUCCCGGCGAAGACAUCAGCAGCGGCGGAGGCUCCAACCCCGUGCAGGUCAACAACAAGGAGCAGGAGAAGCAGCAACAGCAGCAGAACAACAGCAACAACAAUCCGAACCAGUCCGGAGGGCAGCAGACCCAGAAACAGAAGCGGCACCGGACCCGCUUCACCCCGGCGCAGCUCAACGAGCUGGAGAGGAGCUUCGCCAAAACGCACUACCCAGAUAUCUUUAUGCGGGAGGAGCUGGCGCUGAGGAUCGGCCUGACGGAGUCCAGAGUGCAGGUCUGGUUUCAGAACCGUCGGGCCAAGUGGAAGAAGCGCAAGAAGACCACCAACGUCUUCCGGGCUCCGGGGACCCUCCUGCCGACGCACCACGGCCUGCCUCAGUUCCCGUCCGCGGCGGCGGCCGCGGCGGCCAUGGGCGACAGCCUCUGCUCGUUCCACGCCAACGACACCCGCUGGGCCACGGCGGGCAUGGCCGGCGUGUCCCAGCUGCAGCUCCCGCCGGCUCUGGGCCGCCAGCAGGCCAUGGCGCAGUCCUUGUCCCAGUGCAGCCUCGGCGCCGGGCCGCCGCCCAACUCCAUGGGUCUAUCCAACAUGUCGUCGAACGGCUCCGGCUUGCAGUCACACCUUUACCAACCCACGUUCCCCGGGAUGGUACCGGCUUCCCUGUCGGGCCCGACCAGUGUGACCGGCUCGCCCCAACUGUGUAGCUCCCCGGACAGUGACGUCUGGAGAGGGACAAGCAUCGCGUCGCUGCGGCGCAAGGCGCUGGAGCACACAGUAUCCAUGAGUUUCUAAGGAGAGAGGGGGAAACUCUACCCAGUGAUGAGUGCUUUGAUUUAACUCACAGAGAUCGUCUGCAUUUAGUUCUGAUUCAUCCAGUCCAUCCAAAGGGCGCGCCGGGAAAAUACAACCAGGAUACGUGUUUGCGCCACAAACCGCAGAGCUGCGCAGCUGGCGUUUUAUCCGAAAGGCAAACAAGAGGAAGACUGAAGCUACUGGCCUUUAUCGAGCAUAGGGCUGGUUCUGUUUUAAAGUAUAGCCUAUUAUUUCGCACUUAACCUAUGACAACUAUUUAUUUGUCUAUUUAAAUUAACUUAUUCAUCAGUUUGCUAUUUAUUUCUCUAGCACAUGCAGCCUCCUUCACUGAUGCAGGGUUUGUGGCAUUUGCUUGAUGACUGUUUCUGAAGACAAAUUCUGUGGAUACUUUGAAAGACAAAAGUAGAUUCCUUUGUUGAGACCUGCUGCACAGCAUGCAACUCUGAAGGGCCAAAGCAGAGGACGUGGGAGGUUCAGCGUGGGAGCAGGAAACCAAGGGACAGAAGAACAUGGACAAGGACUUUGACUGCAUGUGCUGUCCAAGGCAAAAAUAAGGGAGAUGCUAUAAAUUAAAACAUGGAAACUGACUUAAAUAUAAUCUGUUAAAUAGGAUGUUUUGUGUAGCGGAAACACUCUUGUUCCCAUUUGGUCAGUUUGUGAUAAUUUAUGUUUCCAAAAAUUAUGUCUGUGCUUAUUAUCAAAUAUGACUUUCUUAAAUGUUUGAACCAUUUUGUUUCAUGGACAUGUUUAUAUCAAUUAAAUGUAAAUGGUCAAAUAAAAAUCAUUUUCAAUUAUGUCA